AUGGCUAGCAACCUGCAGACGUAUGAUGUCGUCUUCCCAAUCAUCCAUGCCGACGGGGUGCGAAAGAUUAGAAACCUUGGGCAAGGCACCUACGGGACAGUCUACAAAGGAUUCUCAACGGCUGUCGGCACCGUUGCCGUGAAGGUCUGCCGGCGGGAAGAUCAAAGAAAACUUGUCCAAGAAGUUGUGAGGACACUAAAGUACGGCGCCGCUCACCCAAACAUUGUGAAGGUCUUCGGACAUUUCGAUGAUCCAAAAUUUGGACUAUCGUUUGUCAUGGAAUAUAUGGAUGGCGGCUCCUUGAUGGAUGUGAUCACCAAAAGAAAAGAUCUAAUUUAUUACGUGGACCACAUCGUCAGCUGGAUGUACCAGAUUUCGAGCGCCGUCGCUCACAUGCACAGCUGUAAUGUGCUGCAUAGAGAUCUGAAGCCGGAUAACAUUUUAAUGAAUGAGCUCUAUACUACGGUCAAACUUUGCGAUCUCGGGGAAUCGAGAGUGAUGGGGUUGAACAACGAAGAAAUGACCAGCCGAGUCGGGAGUUUCCUUUUCAUGGCACCCGAGGUGAUGACUGGUGGGAAAUACCAUGGCAGUGCAGAUAUAUUUAGUCUUGGCAUGGUUUUCUGGAUGAUGUUUUCAAGGAGGCUACCCGGUUUCAUUGAAAAAUACAAGACCCCGGCCGCAUUUAUUGUGGGUGUUCGUGAUGGGAAAGAACGGCCUUCCGUGCUUCCUAUCCUCAAAGUCUUCAACGAAAUUAUCAAAACAUGCAUGGACGAAGACCAGGAAAGCCGUGUUUCCGCUGCUAGCCUACGCGAUUUUUGCGCUGAAUUGACUGAGAAAUUCCCCCAUGGCUACAACUUUCUCAUCACGAUGCCAGACAGCAACACUCUUUACGAGCCUAUUAAUGUCCGGGGAGAUGUGAAGGAAUCAAUGACGAAGCUCAUUGAGAAUCCAUUGAUGACUGUUGGCCCAACCCAACAUAUCGGAGACGGCGAACGCGAGCCGAUCCCUGGUCUUCGUGCUGUGGAAGCAACCCCAGCUGGCACGCUAAUAACAGCCGCUUCUGAACCAGCAUCCCCCGUAAAAGUGGGAGUGGCACGAGUAGCAACGCCACCCCCAAAAGCAACACCUGUGCCCCGUGUCAGAGAAAAAGUCCAAUUCGCCGAACCGGUUGAGAUCAUAAAUGCCGAUGAGGCUAACACGAAUCCCGCCGCCGAGCCAGAGACUUCAGAACACGACCGCGAUGCUUCAUGGAGCCCCAACAAAACCACGAAAGUGGAAGCCGGCAAGGUGUCAAAACUAGCCGCUGCAUAUCUGCAGGCAAUACAGGGCAAAAAA